AUGGAGGAAGACAAACUCUUAUCUGCAGUGCCUGAGGAAGGCGAUGCCACCCAUGACCCCAGCCCGGAGCCUGAGGAGGAUCCGGGGGUCCGGAAUGGAAUGGCCAGUGAGGGCCUGAACAGCAGCCUCUGCAGCCCAGGGCAUGAGCGAAGGGGCACCCCAGCGGACACUGAGGAACCCACGAAGGACCCAGACAUGGUCUUCCGUGGCCUCAGCCUUGGCCUCUCUCUCACCAACGGCCUAGCCCUGGGGCCAGACUUGAACAUUCUGGAAGAUUCAACAGGGUCCAGGCCCUGGAGGGCUGGCGUGCUGGCAGAGGGAGAUGAUGCUUCUAGGAGCCUCUGCCCAGAUGCUGAGGAUCCUCAGCUGGGGUUGGAUGGUCCCGGGGAGCCAGAUGUGCGGGAUGGCUUCAGUGCCACGUUUGAGAAGAUUCUGGAGUCAGAGCUGCUGCGGGGCACCCAGUACAGCAGCCUCGACUCCCUAGAUGGGCUGAGCCUCACCGAUGAGAGUGACAGCUGCGUCAGCUUCGAGGCCCCCCUCACACCCCUCAUCCAGCAGCGGGCUCAUGACAGCCCUGAGCCAGGGGCUGGGCUGGGCAUUGGGGACAUGGGGUUUGAGGGGGACAUGGGGGCAGCUGGUGGUGAUGGGGAGCUGGGCAGCCCCCUGCGGCGCUCUAUCUCCAGCAGCCGCUCUGAGAACGUCCUAAGCCGCCUGUCUCUCAUGGCCAUGCCCAAUGGAUUCCAUGAAGAUGGCCCCCAGGGCCCAGUGGGGGACGAGGAUGAUGACGAGGAGGACACAGACAAGUUGCUGAACUCAGCCAGUGACCCCAGCCUGAAGGAUGGCCUGUCAGACUCAGACUCUGAGCUCAGCAGCUCGGAGGGGUUGGAGCCUGGUAGCUCAGACCCACUGGCCAACGGGUGCCAGGGGGUCAGUGAAGCUGCUCGUCGGCUGGCACGCCGCCUCUACCACCUUGAGGGCUUCCAGCGCUGCGAUGUGGCCCGGCAGCUGGGCAAGAACAACGAGUUUAGCAGACUGGUGGCCGGGGAGUACCUCAGUUUCUUCGACUUCUCGGGCUUGACUCUGGACCGAGCACUCAGAACAUUCUUGAAGGCCUUCCCACUGAUGGGGGAGACACAAGAGCGUGAGCGAGUCCUCACACACUUCUCCCGCCGGUACUGCCAGUGCAACCCUGAUGACAGCACCUCGGAAGAUGGGAUCCACACACUCACCUGUGCCCUGAUGCUGCUCAACACGGACCUGCACGGCCACAACAUUGGCAAGAAGAUGUCCUGUCAACAAUUCAUUGCCAACUUGGACCAGCUGAAUGAUGGCCAAGACUUUGCCAAAGACCUGCUGAAGACCCUUUACAACUCCAUCAAGAAUGAAAAGCUGGAAUGGGCCAUUGAUGAGGACGAGCUGAGGAAAUCCCUGUCUGAGCUGGUGGAUGACAAGUUCGGGACAGGCACGAAGAAGGUGACGCGAAUCCUGGAUGGUGGCAACCCCUUCCUGGAUGUCCCACAGGCGCUCAGUGCCACCACCUACAAGCACGGCAUCCUGACCCGGAAGACUCAUGCUGACAUGGAUGGCAAGAGGACACCCCGUGGGAGGCGUGGCUGGAAGAAAUUCUACGCAGUGCUCAAAGGGACCAUCCUGUACCUGCAGAAGGAUGAGUACAGGCCUGACAAAGCUCUAUCGGAGGGUGACCUGAAGAACGCCAUUCGCGUGCAUCACGCUCUGGCCACCAGGGCCUCUGACUACAGCAAGAAGUCCAACGUGCUCAAGCUUAAGACGGCCGACUGGAGGGUAUUCCUUUUCCAGGCACCGAGCAAGGAAGAAAUGCUGUCCUGGAUCCUCAGGAUCAACCUGGUGGCAGCCAUCUUCUCUGCCCCGGCCUUCCCAGCUGCUGUCAGCUCCAUGAAGAAGUUCUGUCGGCCCCUGCUGCCCUCCUGCACCACCCGCCUCUGCCAGGAGGAGCAACUGCGGUCUCAUGAGAAUAAGUUGAGGCAGCUGACUGCGGAGCUGGCCGAACACAGGUGUCACCCAGUCGAGAGGGGCAUCAAGUCCAAGGAGGCCGAGGAGUACCGGUUGAAGGAGCACUAUCUCACCUUCGAGAAAAGCCGUUAUGAGACCUAUAUCCACCUCCUGGCUGUGAAAAUCAAAGUGGGCUCAGAUGAUCUGGAGCGGAUUGAGGCCCGGCUGGCCACUCUGGAAGGGGAUGACCCUUCUCUCCGGAAGACACACUCAAGUCCUGCCCUCAGCCAGGGCCAUGUGACUGGCAGCAAAACCACAAAAGAUGCCACUGGGCCUGAUACUUAG